AUGGUUGAGCGGCCACAGCUGCCGGCGGGACUGCCGGCGGACAUCGAGGACAAGAAGCGGCAGGCCAGCGCCUGGUUUGAGGAACUUCGCGACCGCAUCUGCGCCGCUUUCGAGAAGAUCGAGGACGAUGUCACCGGCCCGUUCGCCGAAUAUGUGCCCGGCCGGUUCACCAGAUCGCCCUGGGAACGCGACGACGGCAAGGGUGGCGGCGGCGUCAUGUCGAUGAUGCAUGGCCGCGUUUUCGAAAAGGUCGGCGUGCACACAUCGACCGUGCAUGGCGAGUUUUCCGAGGAGUUCCGCAAGCAGAUCCCCGGCGCCGACGCCGACCCGCGCUUUUGGGCCUCGGGCAUCUCGCUGAUCGCCCAUCCGCAAAACCCCAACGUGCCCGCCGUGCACAUGAACACGCGCUUUGUCGUGACCACCUCCUGGUGGUUCGGCGGUGGCGCCGACCUGACGCCGGUACUCGAUGCGCGCCGCACCCAGGACGAUCCCGACAGCGUCGCCUUCCACAAGUCUUUCGAACUGGCCUGCUCCAAGCACGCGGUCGCCGAUUAUCCCAAAUUCAAGGACUGGUGCGACGAGUACUUCCACCUCGCCCAUCGCAACGAGCCGCGCGGCAUUGGCGGCAUCUUCUAUGACUGGCAGCAUUCGGACGAUGCCGCCGGCGGCUGGGAGGCGGACUUCGCCCUGACCCAGGAUGUCGGGCGCACUUUUCUGGUGGUCUAUCCGCAUCUCGUCCGGCGCAACUUCAACGACAACUGGACCGACGCCCAGCGCGAGGAACAGCUGGUCCGCCGCGGCCGUUAUGUCGAGUUCAACCUGCUCUACGAUCGCGGCACCAUUUUCGGCCUGAAGACCGGCGGCAAUGUGGAUUCGAUCCUCUCAUCCAUGCCUCCGGCGGUGAAAUGGCCAUGA